CCUGGAAUUUGAAACAUGUUGAGGGCCUCCCUUUCCAGAUCCUUGGCAUCAGUGACAGUUUCAUUUCACUAGGACCAGGAAACAUUUGAAAUUAUACUUGCCUACAGUGAUUCUCCUGCUGGGACUGUAAGUAUUACACAAACUAUUAAAAGAUACCAAACAGCAAUUCUUUGCCAAAGAUUUAUUUCCAUCUUACAGCAGCCUGUGACUAGAGACAAGAGUGUCUGUGUAAGAAAUCUGGGAAACAGUAUAACUAGAGAAGUACUGCUGGAGUGUUUUAUCAAGUUUUGCAUCGCCUUUCCAUCCAUUCACUUUUAAAUGCAGAAAUAUGAAGAAGUCGAGGACUUUUAUUAUGAAAGAGAAGAUGUUCAGAAGAAAACAUUCACAAAAUGGAUAAAUGCACAAUUUGCAAAGGCUGGAAAACCUCAAAUUGAAGACUUAUUUUUAGAUCUCAGAGAUGGAAGAAAACUUCUGGAACUUCUGGAAGGCCUUACAGGCCAGAAACUAGCAAAAGAGAAGGGCUCUACAAGACUCCAUGCUCUCAACAAUGUCAACAGAGCGCUACAGGUCCUACAAAAGAACAGUGUUGAUCUUGUGAAUAUUGGAGGGGCAGACAUCGUAGAUGGCAACCACAAACUUACCCUGGGUUUGAUCUGGAGCAUUAUCCUGCAUUGGCAGGUUAAGGAUGUUAUGAAAGACAUAAUGGCUGAUCUGCAGCAGACAAAUAGUGAGAAGAUCUUGCUGAGUUGGGUUCGUCAGUCGACACGUGACUAUGAUGGAGUUAAUGUUGUCAACUUCACCAACAGCUGGUCUGAUGGAUUUGCUUUUAACGCACUCAUCCACAGUCACAGACCCAACCUGUUUGAUUGGAAUAACAUUGUACAGCAGCAGUCAGCUACAGAAAGACUUGACCAUGCUUUUAGAGUUGCCAAACAGCAUCUUGGCAUUGAAAGGCUCCUAGACCCCGAAGAUGUUGCUAUAUCCCAUCCAGACAAAAAGUCCAUCAUUAUGUACAUCACUUCACUCUUCCAAGUUCUGCCCCAGAAAAUAACCAUAGAAGCCAUCCAUGAAGUUGAAAGUCUACCAAGGCAACCAAAGGUCACCCGGGAGGAACGAAUUCAAACACCACAAAAACAGCAUUAUACCCAACAGAUCACAGUUACUGUAGCACAAGGCCGUGUGCGCACCCCUUCACCUUCUCCCAAACCUCGCUUCAAAAGCUAUGCCUACACCCAAGCUGCUUAUGUCCUGUCACCUGACCAAAAAAUGAGGCAGUCACCUUCCCAGCAAUUGGAGGUCCCAGAGAUCAAGUUGCUUGGCGUCUCACUGAAACAUUCGGCGGAGGACCUGGACAGCUACCAAAGUACACUGGAGGAAGUGCUAGCGUGGCUUCUUUCUGCAGAGGAUCGACUGCAAGCACAGGAAGAUAUUUCCAGCAAUGUGGAAGAAGUGAAGGAGCAAUUCCACGGACAUGAGGGUUUUAUGAUGGAAUUAACAUCUCAUCAAGGAAAUGUAGGCAAUGUUUUGCACGUUGGCAGUCAAUUGUUAUCUGAAGGCAAACUUUCUGAAGAUGAAGAAAAUGAAAUUCGGGAGCAAAUGAACUUGUUAAAUUCCCGAUGGGAAAAUCUCAGGGUAGCCAGCAUGGAAAGACAAAGCAAUUUGCACAAAAGUUUGAUGGACCUUCAGUACCAGCAACUUAAACAGUUGGCUGACUGGCUUUCACAAACAGAAGCAAGAACGCAGAAAAUGGAACAAGAACCACUUGGUCCUGAUCUAGAAGACAUCAAACGCCAAUUGGAAGAGCACAAGUUGCUUCAAGAUGAUCUGGAACAGGAACAGGUUCGUGUGAAUUCAUUGACGCACAUGGUUGUAGUAGUCGAUGAAAGCAGUGGAGAUAGUGCAACAGUCGACCUCGAAGACCAGCUUCAGGCAUUAGGAGACAGGUGGGCAGCGAUUUGUAGGUGGACAGAGGACCGCUGGAUCCUUCUGCAGGAGAUUGUUCUUAAGUGGCAGCAUUUUGCUGAGGAACAGUGCCUGUUCGAUGCCUGGUUAACAGAAAAAGAGGAAGCGGUGCGCAUCAUUCAGUUAUCUGACUUCAAAGACAAGACUGAGAUGCUCUCUAACUUAAGAAAGUUAGCGAUCCUGAAGGGUGAUCUCGAAAUGAAAAGACACACAAUGGAUAAGUUGUGCUCUCUAAGUCAAGAUCUUAUUUCUUCUGUAAAGGACAAGGGAGUAUCUCAGAAAUUGGAAAUGAGGUUAGAGGAUUUUGCACAACGCUGGGAUAAACUUGUACAGAAACUAGAGAAAAACUCUUUGCAGGUUUCACAGGCUGUCACCACUAUGGAGACAUCACUAACACAAACCACAGUAAUGGAAACUAUAACUAAGCUGACAACAAAAGAACAAAUCCUGGUUAAGCACACAAAAGAUGAACUGCCACCACCUCCUCCUCAGAAGAAAAGACAAAUGCUCGUUGAUUCAGAGCUUAGAAAAAAGCUUGAUGCUGACACAACUGAACUCCACAGCUGGAUGACUCGAUCUGAAGCCAUACUCCAAAGUCCAGAAUUUGCCAUUCACCGCAAAGAAGGGAACCUCUUUGAUCUUACAGAAAGAGUUAAUGCUAUAGAACGGGAAAAGCCAGACAAGUACAGGAAGCUCCAAGAUGCAAGCAGAUCCGCACAGGCUCUGGUGGAACAGAUGGCAAAUGAAGGUCACGUGUCAGAAGAUGUCAAACAGACAACAGAACAGCUUAACAGCCGUUGGAUUGAGUUUUGUCAGUUGCUGAGUGAAAGGAUAUCCUGGCUUUUGCAUCAAAACAAAAUUCUUGCCUUCUAUUCCUUGCUGCAACAACUUGAACAAGCAGUUAUAACUAGUGAGAUCUGGUUAAAAUCUCAACCACCUCCUGCAGCUGAGCCUGGCUUGGUGAGAGCACAGUUAGAAAAAUCCAAGGAUGAAGUUCUUAAACUAUCAGUACUGGAACCUCGACUUGAAGAGCUAAAGACACAAGGGUCAGCACUAAAGCAAAAAGAAGACAUGCCUAUGUUUAUUGAUGCGGAUGUCAAUGCUUUUAUUUACCACUUUAGUCAAGUCCUUGCUGAUUUGCAAGCGCGAGAGAAGCAGCUACAGGCCAUUUUGGACAGUUUACCAACUAUGCGGUACAAGGAAACAGUUAACUCCAUCCUAAUGUGGAUCCAGCAAUCAGAAACCAAAUUAUCUAUACCUCAGGUUACAGUUACAGAAUAUGAAACUAUGGAGCAGAGACUCAAAGAAUUUAAGGCCUUACAGAGUUCUCUACAGGAACAGCAAAAUGACUUAAACUACAUCACAGCUGCUGCAGAGGAAGUGACCAAGAAAGUCCCUGCCGAAAUUGGCCAGAAAUAUCGAAUGGAGAUUGAGGGCAUAUCUAGUCGUUGGAAAAAGCUAUCAGCUCAGCUGGCUGAGCAUGGUCAGAAACUAGAAGAAUUAAUGACAAAGCUUUUGCAGUUCCAGAAUGACACAAAAACCCUGAAGAAAUGGAUGGCUGAGGUUGAUGUUUUCUUGAAUGAAGAAUGGCCAGCCCUUGGUGAUUCAGAAGCACUUGAAAAACAGCUAGAACAGUGCACAGCCCUGGUAAAUGACAUUCAGACAAUACAGCCAAGCCUCAACAGUAUAAAUGAAGUUGGACAUGCUCUGAAAAAACAAGCAGAACCAUCAUUUGCACUGAAACUGAACGGAGAACUUAAAGAUUUAAAUGCACAAUGGGAGAAUAUAUGUAAACAGGCUCAUGCUAAGAAAGCAGCUCUGAAGGGUGGGCUUGAUAAGACAAUGACUAUUCGGAAAGACUUGUCAGAAAUGCAAGAAUGGAUAACACAAGCAGAGGAGGAUUAUCUGGAAAGAGAUUUUGAAUAUAAAACACCAGAGGAGUUGCAUAAAGCAGUGGAGGAACUUAAGAGAGCCAAAGAAGAAGUUCUACAGAAAGAAGUGAAAGUAAAGCUGUUGACAGAUUCUGUUAAUACUUUUAUUGGAAAGGCUCCCACCACAGCACAUGAGGCCUUAAAAUCAGAACUGGAUGUCUUAACAGGAAACUACCAGCAACUAUGCAACAGGCUGAAUGGGAAAGCCAGGACGUUGGAAGAGGUGUGGUCAUGCUGGUGUGAACUUUUGUCUUACCUUCAAGCUGAGAAUAAAUGGCUAGAUGAAUUAGAAAAGAAAAUCAAAUUAACUGAAAAUACACAAGGAGGAGCAGAGGAAAUCUCAGAGGCACUUGAUUCUCUGGAAUGUACUAUGAGACAUCCAGAAGAUAAUCGAAAUCAGAUCCGAGAACUUGCCCAGACCUUGACUGAUGGCAGGGUCCUGGACGAACUCAUUAAUGAGAAACUGGAAAAAUUUAACAACCGCUGGGAAGAACUUCAGCAACAGGCUAUAAGAAGGCAGAAAGUACUUGAACAGAGCAUUCAGUCUGCUCAAGAGACUGAUAAAACUCUCCGCUUAAUCCAGGAAUCACUUGCCUUUAUCGACAGGCAGCUAACGGCCUACAUAGCAGACAGGAUUGAUGCAGGACAAAUCCCUCAGGAAGCACAGAAAAUUCAGUCUGAACUAACCAGCCAUGAGAUUAGCCUGGAGGAAAUGAGAAAGAGAAAUCAGGAGAAGGAUUCUGCUGGAAGAGUUCAUUCACAGAUUGAUGCAGCCCAGAAAAAGUUGCAGGAUGUUUCUACAAAGUUUCGGCUGUUCCAAAAGCCAGCAAACUUUGAGCAACGUAUGUCGGAAUGUAAGAAGGUUAUGAAUGAUGUAAAGGCACAGAUGCCUUCACUGGAAAAGAGAAGUGUAGAGCAGGAAGUCGUGCAGUCACAGCUGGACCAUUGCAUGAAAUUGUACAAAAGUCUGAGUGAGGUGAAGUCAGAAGUGGAGAUAGUAAUAAAGACAGGAAGACAAAUUGUACAGAAGCAACAAACAGAAAAUCCAAAAGAACUGGAUGAGAGAUUAACAGCGCUUAAACUGCUGUACAAUGAGCUUGGAGCACAGGUAACAGAGGGAAAACAGGAACUAGAGAAAUGUUUAAAACUGUCCCGUAAAAUGAGAAAGGAACUGAACAGUUUGACUGACUGGCUGGGAGCAACAGAUGCUGAGCUGACAAAGAGAUCAUCAGUUGAGGGAAUGCCUGCUAACUUGGAUGCAGAAGUUGCUUGGGGAAAGGCAGUGCAGAAAGAGACUGAAAAACACCAGCAACAGCUAAAAGCUAUUACAGAUUUGGGAGAUGCUUUGAGAACAGUGCUUGGAGGCAAAGAGAGCUUGGUAGAUGAUAAACUGAGCCUGUUGAACUGCAACUGGAUAGCUGUAACUUCACGAGCUGAGGAAUGGUUAAAUCUCCUUCUGGACUAUCAGAAACAGAUGGAAUCGUUUGAUCAGAAUGUGGCCCAGGUCACAGCAUGGAUAUACCGAGCUGAAAUAAUGCUGGACGAGUCUGAAAAACAGGCUCCACAGCAAAAAACGGAUGUUCUCAAGCAUCUCAAAUCUGAGCUGAAUGACAUGCACCCAAAGGUAGACUGUAUAUGUGAUGAGGCUGUGGAUCUGAUGACCAACCGUGGCCCCCACUGCAGGGAGGUGGUAGAGCCCAAACUGUCAGAACUCAACCAGAGAUUUGCUGCUAUAUCACAGAGGAUAAAGAUAAGAAAGCCCCCUGUAUCUACAAAAGAGGUAGAACAAUAUAAUGCAGAUAUUCAAAAACUAAUUGAGUUGCUGGAUCAAGAAAUUGUACAGGGAGUAAAUCUUAAGGAAGAAGAUUUUGAUAAAGAUAUGAGUGAAGAGGAUGACAAAUCUGUCAAUGAAAUGCUGCAGAGGGGAGGCAAUUUGCAACAGCGAAUCACAGACGAGAGAAAAAAUGAAGAAAUCAAACGGAAACACCUCUUGCUGGAGUCUAAAUUUAGCACACUGAAGGAUUUGCGCUCUCAAAGGAGAAGAAAGGCCUUAGAGGUUUCUACUCAGUGGUACCAGUAUAAGAAACAAUCAAAUGACCUGCUACAGUGGCUGGAUGACAUUGAAAGAAAAAUAUCUAGUAUACCUGAACCCAAAGAUGACCAGCAAAUUAAGGAGAUUGUUGGAGAGUUGGAGAAGAAGAGAGAAGACCUGAAAGCGGUGAACAGGCAAGCUGAGGGCCUGUCUAAGGUUGGGGCUGCAAGGGCAGUGGAGCCACUCCUGAUCCAGCUCACCAAACGCUGGCAAGAAAUUGAGACUAAAUUUGCUCAGUUCCAACGGCUGAACUUUGCACAAAUUAAAACUGUUAAGGAGACAACUGUUGUGGUGGCUGAAGGUAUGCCUACAGAAAAAUUACAAGUGCCUUCAACAUACCUGGCAGACAUCCGUCAGCUGCUCCUGUCUGUCUCUGAUGUGGAACAGUUCCUCAACUCCCCCGUUCUACAGAGCAGGUUAUAUGAAGAGCUGUCAAAGCAAGAAAACUGUCUAAAGAGUAUAAAAGAUAGCUUAGAAAGACUUUCAGGACAAAUUGAAGAUGUUCAAGGUAGGAAGACUGCAGUCUUGCAGAGUGCCUCCCCUGGGGAAAAAGAACUGAUACACCAAGGAUUGACUCAGCUUGACUCAGAAUGGGAAAGAGUAAACAUGAUGUACAGGGAUCGACAAACGAAAUUUGAUAAAUGUAUGGAGAAGUGGCAUUCUUUCCACCUGGAUAUGAAAGAUCUUGGCCAGUGGAUGAAUGAAGCUGAACAGACUCUAGUGGAAAUAGAUAUUAGCAUAAAGAACCUGGACACAACCAAGGCUAAGGAACAUCUAAAGAAACUUCAAAAUGACAUUACCAGCAGGCAGCCUUAUGUUACAGCACUAAACACGACUGGUGAAGAAAUCAUUGGGCAGUCGUCUCCAGUUGAUGGUGCUAUCUUCAGAGAAAAACUGAGAAACCUAAAUGCUCAGUGGCAACGAAUCUGCAAACAGGUCACAGAUUCAAGGUCAAGGCUUGAGAAAGAAACCAACAUCAUAUCAGAAUUUCAAGAAGAUCUUAACGAAUUUAAUUUCUGGCUGGAGGAAGCGAACAGCAUCGUUCAGAUCCCACUUGAACCUGGUAAUGAACAGCAACUCAAGGAAUCGCUGGAGAAAGUGAAGUUAAGAGUAGCAGAAUUGCCACCGCGUAAGAAUUUGCUGAAACAACUGAAUGAGAGAAGUACAAUCGCACUGAGAAGUGUUGUUAUAACUCCAGAGGAAUGCCAGCGACUGGGGGCUGGACUCAAAGAGGCUAACUACUGCUGGGCCAAGGUAUCUAAGGACCUGCCAGCAAAAGAGAAAGAAAUUGAAAAAAAUUUGCAAGACUUGGUACAGUUCAAGCAGCGGUUACAUCAGCUGGUACAGUGGGCAUCUUCUACUAGGAGCCAGCUGGAACUCUAUCAACAAGUUGGCAUUCCUGGGGCUUUUAGUACAAAGGAAAUUGAAGAUACAGUUAAAGACAAGCAGUCAGAUGUGGAAAAUAUCCUGUCAAAGGCACAAAAUCUUUACAAAGAAAAAGCAAUCACUCAGCCAGUAAAGAGAAACUUGGAUGAUCUGAACUCUGACUGGAAAGCAAUAAAUGACUUGCUUCAAGAACUAGACAGGAGAGAAAAGGCGGAAGUAACUGCACCAAGAUUUAUUCCUACUAGCACUUUUGCUUCUGUUGGUCAAACAAUUACCACAGUAUCUCAGACCCUGGUUACCAGGGAAACUACGAUCUCCAGACUGGAAAUGCCUUCUUCACUGCUAGUGGAGGUUCCUUCUCUGGCUGACUUCAACAAGGCAUGGGCUGAACUCACAGACUGGUUGGCUCUUUUGGAUCAUGUGAUCAAAACCCAGAUAGUUACUGUUGGUGAUCCAGAAGAGAUCAGUGACAUGCUUGUCAAGCAGAAGGCAACAUUACAAGAUCUUGAGCGUCGACAUUCCCAGCUAGAAGAACUUAUUACAGCUGCACAAAACCUGAAAAACAAGACCAGUAACCAUGAGGCUCGCAUAAUCAUCACCGAACGCAUUGAAAAAAUUCAGAGUCAGUGGGAAGAAGUGUACAGCCAUCUACAGGCUCGAAAUCAGCAGUUACAGGAGAUGCUUAAGGAUUCAAAUCAAUGGAUUGAGGCCAAGCUGGAAGCUGAAAAGGUUGUCGGCAAAGCUAAAGCCAAGCUAGAGGCAUGGAAAGACAUCUCUUACACAGUAGAUGCACUGAAAAAGCAGAAUACUGACUUAAAGCAAUUUGUCAAGGAGCUGCGGCAGCUGCAGAUAAAUGUGGAUGUAGCAAAUGAGUUGGCUCGCAAGCUUCUACGAGAUUACCCUGCCGAUGAUACCAGAAAAGUAGAACUGAUGACAGAUAGCAUCAAUGCCUCCUGGGCAGGUGUUAAUAAGCGGGUUGUCGAGAGAGAAUCUGCUCUUGAAGCUGCACUCAAACUUCUGCAGCAGUUUUAUCUGGAUCUUGAGAAAUUCUUGGCUUGGAUGACAGAAGCAGAGACAACAGCUAAUGUCCUUCAGGAUGCUACCUACAAGGAAGGCAUACUUCAGGACCCCCACAGUAUUCAAGAGCUGCUGAGGCAGUGGCAGGAGCUUCAGUCUGAAAUUGAGAACCACACUGACAUUUACCAUAACCUGGAUGAGAAUGGUCAGAAAAUCCUGAAAUCUUUGGAAGGUUCUGAGGAUGCUCCCUUACUGCAGAGACGUUUGAACAAUAUGAAUGUCCGAUGGUCUGAUCUCAGAAAGAAAUCUCUCAACAUCAGAUCCCACCUGGAAGCAAGCAGUGAACAGUGGAAGCAUCUACAACAUUCUCUUCAAGAACUGCUGGCAUGGAUUCAGCUCAAACAUGACGAAUUAACCAGGCAGAUGCCUGUAGGUGGAGAUGUCCCCACUGUGCAAAAACAGAAUGAUGUACACAGGACCUUCAAGAGGGAGCUGAAAGCAAAAGAACCUGUUGUCCUGAGUACACUUGACACUGUAAAGUCAUUUUUAGCAGAACCACCAGCUGAAGGCCUUGAAAAGCUUUAUCAGGAGCCUAAAGACUUGCCACCUGAAGAGCGAGCAAAAAAAGUUGCAAGGGUGCUACAGAAGCUAUCGGAUGAUGUGAGGGCAGAGUGGAGCAGGCUGGACUCCCGCUCCAUUGACUGGCAAAAGAAGCUUGAUGAGGCCCUUGAAAGGCUACAGGAGCUACAGGAAUCUAUGGAAGAGUUAGAUAUCAAGCUGCGCCAGGCUCAAGUUAUCAAAGGCUCCUGGCAGCCUGUGGGAGACUUGCUGGUCGACUCACUACAGGACCAUAUCAAGAAAGUCAAGGCCUUCAAAGCAGAAAUUUUGCCCUUGAAAGAGAAUGUGACUCAUGUGAAUGAUCUUGCUGGUCAGUUCACAGCUACUGACAUUCAGCUUUCUCCUUUCAACCUCAAUCAACUUGAGGAUCUCAACACAAGAUGGAAGCUUCUGCUGGUUUCCAUUGAUGAACGAGUCAGGCUGCUGCAUGAAGCCCACAGGGACUUUGGUCCAACUUCCCAGCACUUCCUCUCCACAUCGGUCCAGGGUCCCUGGGAGCGGGCAAUAUCUCCAAACAAAGUGCCCUACUACAUCAACCAUCAGUUGCAAACCACCUGCUGGGAUCAUCCCAAAAUGACCGAACUGUACCAGUCUUUAGCUGACCUGAAUAAUGUUCGAUUCUCAGCCUACAGAACUGCAAUGAAGCUUCGGCGACUUCAGAAGGCCCUCUGCUUGGACCUUCUAAGCUUGCCUGCAGCCUGUGAUACUUUUGACCAGCACAACCUCAAGCAGAAUGACCAGCUAAUGGACAUUCUACAGGUCAUUAACUGCCUGACUACAAUCUAUGAUCGACUGGAACAAGAACACAAUAAUCUAGUCAAUGUACCGCUGUGUGUUGACAUGUGCCUGAACUGGUUGCUUAAUGUCUAUGACACAGGUCGAACAGGAAAAAUACGUGUCUUGUCUUUCAAAACUGGCAUUGUGUCCUUAUGUAAAGCUCAUUUAGAAGAUAAGUACAGAUACUUGUUCAAGCAAGUGGCCAGUUCAACAGGUUUCUGUGAUCAGCGUAGGCUGGGCCUUCUUCUGCACGACUCCAUCCAGAUACCUCGUCAGCUGGGGGAGGUAGCAUCCUUUGGUGGCAGCAACAUUGAACCAAGUGUUCGAAGCUGUUUCCAGUUUGCUAAUAACAAACCAGAGAUUGAGGCAGCACUUUUCUUGGACUGGAUGAGGCUGGAACCCCAGUCCAUGGUAUGGCUGCCAGUGUUGCACAGAGUUGCUGCUGCUGAAACUGCCAAACAUCAAGCCAAGUGCAAUAUCUGUAAGGAGUGUCCAAUUAUUGGUUUCAGGUACCGAAGUUUAAAGCACUUUAACUAUGAUAUCUGCCAGAGCUGCUUCUUUUCUGGCCGAGUGGCAAAAGGUCACAAAAUGCACUAUCCAAUGGUUGAAUAUUGCACACCGACAACUUCAGGUGAAGAUGUUCGGGACUUUGCUAAGGUGUUAAAAAAUAAGUUCAGGACAAAAAGAUAUUUUGCAAAACACCCAAGAAUGGGCUACCUUCCUGUACAGACAGUUUUAGAGGGUGACAACAUGGAAACUCCUGUUACUCUGAUCAACUUCUGGCCAGUAGAUUCUGCGCCUGCGUCUUCCCCUCAGCUGUCGCAUGAUGAUACUCAUUCUCGAAUCGAACAUUACGCUAGCAGGCUAGCGGAAAUGGAGAACACUAAUGGGUCGUACCUGAAUGACAGCAUUUCGCCUAAUGAAAGCAUAGAUGACGAGCAUUUGUUAAUCCAGCACUACUGCCAAAGCUUGAAUCAAGAGUCUCCCUUGAGCCAGCCACGAAGUCCUGCCCAAAUCCUAAUCUCCCUGGAAAGUGAAGAACGGGGUGAACUAGAGAGAAUCUUGUCUGACUUAGAAGAAGAAAAUAGGAACCUACAGAGGGAGUAUGAUCGGUUGAAAGAGCAGCACGAUAACAAAGGGCUGUCACCACUGCCGUCCCCUCCAGAGAUGGUGCCCAUCUCACCUCAAAGCCCAAGGGAUGCAGAGUUGAUUGCUGAAGCCAAGCUCCUCCGCCAGCACAAAGGCCGCCUGGAAGCCAGAAUGCAGAUCUUAGAAGAUCACAAUAAGCAGCUUGAGUCACAAUUGCACAGACUAAGGCAGCUAUUGGAGCAGCCCCAGGCUGAAGCAAAAGUUAAUGGUACAACCCUUUCCUCACCCUCUACCUCCUCGCAAAGAUCAGACAGCAGUCAGCCGAUGUCACUUCGGGUUGUUGGCAGCCAGACAUCUGAAUCCAUGGGGGAUGAUGAUUUGCUGAGCCCCCCACAGGAUACUGGCACCGGACUAGAAGAAGUAAUGGAGCAACUUAACAACUCCUUUCCAAGCACAAGAGGAAGGAGUGCCCCUGGGAAACAAAUGAAAGAGGCAACAAUGUAGGUAACCUCUUCCACAUGGCAGACGACUUGGGCCGAGCAAUGGAGUCUCUUGUAACGGUGAUGACGGAUGAUGAAACAUUAGACUAGCAGGAUAUGUUUUAUAACAGAGUCAGAGCUCAAGCAUGUUUUUUAUAAUGUUCCUAAACUAAGAGGGUUGGACUGUAACAGUUUACAAGAAAAAAUAAAAGAAAUUUAUCUAUAUUUUUGUGAAGGGUAGUGGUACUAUACUGUAGAUUUCAGUAGUUUCCUAAGUCUGUUAUUGUUUUGUUAACAAUGGCAGGUUUUACUCUUCUAUGCAAUUGUACAAAAAGAGAAAACUAUGUGUAAAAUCUUGUUAGAUUAAUAACUUGCCAUUUCUUUAUAUGGAACGCAUUUCAGAUUGUUUAAAAAAUUUGUAACUAUUAUAAAGAGAGAUUGUAAACUAAAGGGUGCUUUAUAAUAAUAUGAGAAUUUAUUGUUUAUAAAAAUUCCCCCAAAAAAGGAAAAAAAAAAAAACAUCUAUCAGAUAGUGCAUUUGUUUUGCAGCAUUAUAGCUCUGUAGAUGUGUAAGGAAAAUAUUCAUGUUACGUGUUAUUUUUCUUGCUUAUCAAAGAAACUCCGUUUUCUACUAUGGUACCAAAAUUACUCAUCCAUUCAUUGUUCAUCGCUGUCAGAUUUUUGACUGGGGCUGGUUAAGAAUUUAUAAAUAUAUAUAAAUAUAUAUAUAUAUUUACUUUACUAUAUAAAAAAGAUUCUUAAAACUCCUAACCAUCUCCUAGUAAAAGGACAGUUGGUUUUUAUUUUUGUUUAGCCUAGGCAAUACACUACAUUUCUAGAAAAAUGCUUUUUUUCCAAAGUAUCUUAAAUUAAAAAAAUAAUGUUUUGGCAAUAACACUACAUAAUCUGAGGAGCACACAAAGAUAGAAGUCAGUAUUCAGAGCUAUGCUAGGUGUUUACUGAUUCAUAAUUUCAUUAUUUAUAGCAGUAUCAUCUGUUUUUUAUGUUUAUUUUUACUGUCUGAAUGGGGUCACAAGUAUUUGCGUACAUUAAGCUGAGUUCCUUGGUUAAAUGACUCUUUCCAUUGAGAUGCAUAAUUCCUUAUUAAGAGGUGCAUUUUCAACCUGUAUAGAUAAACUGCUGCAAAUUUUAAAAGAAUGGUUAAGAGUAUCUGCACUAGAAUGACACAAGCAAUGAAUGCCAAUACAAGGGACCUCAUUAUGUUGUCACAUUAAUAAUCUUCAGUCUCAUCAUCAAAAUAGUAGUUUGAUUUAUUACAGAAUUAACUGUAAAGUCACACAAACUGUGUCAGAUAAGGGGCCUAGGUUGAUUGGUCAGCAGAAAACAUCCAUGUCAUUGCCUUUUUUUUUAGUAGUUUUAAUUAUGUGUACUAGAACUAUUUAGAAUGUUAAUUGCAUGGCUGAAAGAGUUCAGCACAUAUGAACUGUGGUCAACAUUUUGGAGGACUGCUCCUUAUUAGAGACAACUGGUUUGAAAAGGUAACAUUAAAUUAGGCUGAUCGUGCUGUUUCUACCUCACUUUAGCUCUGUGGUGUCCUUGACCAAUAUGCUUGUUAUGGAUUGUAGUGAAACACUGUUUUUCAUUGUGCAGAUAAAACACUAACAUUUUUAGGUUGCCUACAUCUGCAGGUGACUUACUAUGAAGCAGCCCUGAUGAUUUUUUUUCUUAUUUUUCUGUUUGGAGUUUAAGGCAUGUGUGUGUGGAUGUGUAAAAUGUCAAAAAGAUUAAGGUACAAGAACGGGGUUUCUGGUUGACUUUCAAGCUAGAUUCUUAAAAUCAAGACACAGUUUUAUUGCACGGUUCUUUUAUAAAUUAUGUUUACCAUAUAGGGCUUUUUGUUUUGUUUGAGUGAAUCAUUCAUAAAAAAAUAAAGUUCUAAAGCUUUACUGCUGCUUUAAACAUUACUUGGAAACAUGUCGUGCAAGGUGUAACCAUAAAGUAUUAAAAUGUAAUGCUGAACCAGUAUAAUUGAGUAAAGAAAUGUCACCAUGGCAUGUUAUGUCAUUCAAAUCCAGUAUUGGUUAACUAUUCGGGUAUAUUAUGUUUAACACCAACAUUGUAAUACAUACUAAUUUUUUAUAAAAAAAAAUGUUUUCUGCAUUUUUCACUACAUAUCAAACUUCACCAAAUAUAUGCCUUACUAUUAAAUUAUAUAUUGCUUUACUGUGUAUAUCAAUAAAGCACGCAGUUAUGUUAGUUA